GGAGUGUGUAUUCUCACAUGAAAGACUCACGUCGCCACCUGCUCUUUGUCUGUUUACUCUUUGUUUCAACGAUUCCUUUGAGAGAAGAAAUGUUGGGUAACUGUGAGAAGAUGGUAGUCAUCUCUUCAACAACUAACGAAUGGCCACAGAAUCAGAUAGAUGAGAAAAGCUUGAUGGCUUCCACAGGUGGGCUUAUGGAGAAACCUGGACAAGACCAGCCUCCGCAACAACCUCUCAAGUGUCCUCGCUGUGAUUCUUCAAACACCAAGUUUUGUUACUACAACAACUACAGUCUUUCUCAGCCGAGACACUUUUGCAAGGCGUGCAAGCGUUACUGGACAAGAGGUGGAACUCUGAGAAAUGUUCCUGUAGGUGGUGGUUGCAGGAAAAACAAGCGUGUGAAGAGACCUUCUUCAUCUUCCAUUGAUGGAGCUUCUUCAACUCCUAGCGCAGCAAACACUAACCCUCCCACACAAACCCAGAUUGAUAUUUCUUCAACCUCAAAUCAUAUUAAUUCUUUGUUUUAUGGUUUACCCACAAAUCCAUCUGAAAUGAACCUUCCAUUUCCUAGGUUUAAUUCAAGAGUUUCAAGUGUAGACACUGUUUCUGGCUAUGAUCUACAGCCUCAGUUUAAUGCUCUUGGCUUAGGGUUUUCCUCUAGACUCAUGUCUAAUGAUGCUUCGGAUAGUUCUAACAAUUACCGAAAUGGGUUUAACCCAACUAAGCAAAACCAAGAUGUAGUUUCUUCUGCUUCUCUUCCUUCAAGUACCUAUUCCAAUUUCGGUGUCACCACUACUUCUCCAACUAUGGCUUCGUGGCUUGCUUCUAGUCUUCACCACCAAAAGUACAUCAACGGUGGAGUUAAAAGCUCUCAAGCACAUGGCCAUUUCAAUUCCAUAACACCCUUAGAAGACCUGCAUAUGACUGCAAAUGGUGGAGCCAGAAUAUCAAUGAAAGAAGUGAAAGCUGAAGAGGGCCAAAACAGGAUAGAUUGGAAUGUAGCAUGCCAGAAUCAGAUGGAACCAAUCGGGUUAUCAGAUCCUUCUCUUUACUGGAAUGCAACCUCAGUCGGUGCUUGGCAUGAUCCAUCAAAUAAUAUUGGGUCCUCUGUCACCUCUCUGAUCUAGCAAAUCCAAACGUCAUUUCCUUUCAAUUUGUCUCCCUCUUUUACCUAGUCAUAUCUUGGUAUUUUCGUAGCUUAGGUUUUGCUCAUUACUUCAGAUUUCCAAAAGAAAAAAAAUCCAAAAAGACAAGAAAAAGUAAAGCAUGGUACUAGUGAACCAUAAUAUAGAUGGAAGAAGCUUGGAUCGGAGUGAUCAUGUCAGCAGCAAAAAUUCAGCCUAUCAGUUUUAUUAUUAAGGUUGAGAAAACAUAUUUUGCUCUGAGAGGAACCUCGGAUCCUCUUCAUUCCAUCUCCAUCGUGAUUAUCAUCUUCAUUAUCUAUCUGCAGAGGCUAGCUUGCUCCUUCUUGCGACUUUUUAGUUCAGUAAGUCGAUUGGUCUUACUUUGUAUGUACAUAAGUAUGACAUGUUUUUUCUUCUUUGCAAUGUAUUUGUUAUUAGGAUGGGACUGGGGGUUUACAGGAGGUAUAUGUUGCAGUCCUCAAUGAGGAUUGCAUUCGCAGAAACCAAUUAAUUUUAUAUUCUACUUUUUUUUUCCUUUUAAAUUUCUGGGCGUGGGGUUUAGGGAAAAGGGGUUGGGUAAAAUGGUAUAGAAGAGAGGGGGAUUUAUUUGUUGUUGCAAUUUGGGGUGUUUAAUUUUAGGGGUUUAUUUUGUCGACUUUGGUUCUUGUUAAAGUUAUAUAUUUGUCAAGGAUGCAAUGGUGUUUUUUAUAA